AUGCAUUCUUUGGAAGUCUUCGGCAUUGAUUAUUUUGAGACCACGGCAGGGAACCACAUUACGCCAGAAGCAAAACGGAAACCGGAAGUGAAUACUCUUCUGCUGGAAGCAAUGAUUUUCAGUUCGAGGCAAACUCAAGCGAGUGAAGACCAUCGAGCUCACUAUCGACUGCACACAGAGUGUGGAGCGGAAUACCUCGAAGCAAAAGCACAGGAUCUAGCUCAGGUCCUUAUGCACAACUACAGCAGAAACGCAUUGCCAGAACCUGCUCCAGUUGAAGUGUUAGUGGAAAUAACCAUACAAGAUAUUUCCGAUAUUUCCGCUAUUAGUGGGACGUUCGUCAUGGAUUUCUGGAUAAGUGCAAUUUGGAUGGAUAGUAGGCUCGCAUUCAGUCAUUUGGACCCAUGCAGGAGGAAUCUCUCUCUGGAUCAUGACAUGGAACCACGACUAUGGUCACCGAAUGUUUGCGUCGUGAACUCCAAACUAACAAAGGUUCACAAUUCUCCUAAACCUAACAUUCUUCUGAUGAUUUUUCCCAAUGGAACUGUAUGGCUGAACUAUCGUGUUCGUUCGGAAGCUCCUUGUAAAAUGGAUCUCCGGACGUUUCCUCUUGACAGUAUCAAAUGUACAUUGCUACUGGAAAGUUAUUCGUACAAUGCAGCCGAGGUCUCGCUCAGAUGGCUUGAUUGGUCUGCGGUGAGCUCGGUGAAGAACGAUUACAAUCUACCUGAUUUUAAAAUGUUCAACAUGACUUACGGUUCAGUAACGGAGACGUACACAGCCGGAUUAUGGCAUCGGCUAGCAGUAUCUAUUCACUUUGAGCGACUCUACGGAUUUUAUAUUCUUCAGAUGUAUUUGCCGACGUACGUCUCAGUGUUCAUUUCUUGGAUCGCAUUCUGGAUGGAUACACGUGCACUACCGGCUAGAAUCACUUUGUCUGUCUCUUCACUCAUGGCGCUGACGUUUCAGUUUGGAAACAUCGUCAAAUCUCUUCCAAAGGCAUCAUACGUGAAAGCGAUCGAUAUAUGGAUGUUUAGCUGUGUCGGGUUCAUAUUCUUCUCCUUGAUCGAAUUGGCGAUAGUGGCGUACAACGAUAAAAUGGAUGAUCAACGUUUGAAAGGUUUUGGGAUUCCCCUACCUAAUUCGAAUGGUAACUGCUCGGCGAUCCGAAGAAGUGUCGCUGAAAUCUCGGUACGAAAAUCAAAGGGAAGUGAGUUGGGAGCAGCGAUUGAUAGAGCUGCGAGCAUCGCUUUUCCAGUGGCAUUCGCCAUGUUCAACUUGGCCUACUGGGCCUACUACUUAUCCAGCAGUUCAAGAACAAAACUGUAA